UAGCCGGGCGGAGAGGGAGGGAGGGAGAGAGAGAGAGAGAGAGGACCGGAGCCGGGAGUGAGCAGCAGCAGCGGGAGUUACCGCGGCGAGAACCGCUCUGUAAAGUCCGGAGAAGAAGUUUCCCGGAGGCGGACAAUGGAGCAGCAAGAGGCGGCGGCCAAUGGCCAGGAGGACGGGGAGAUGCCGGCUACUGAGAAGGACCUGGCGGAGGACGCUCCUUGGAAGAAGAUCCAGCAGAACACGUUCACCCGCUGGUGUAACGAGCACCUCAAGUGUAUGAACAAGAGGAUCGGGGACCUGCAGAAGGACCUGAGCGAUGGCCUGAAACUGAUCGGAUUGUUAGAGGUACUCAGCCAGAAGAAGAUGUACCGAAAGUACCACUCGCGGCCCAACUUUCGCCAGAUGAAGCUGGAGAAUGUGUCUGUGGCGCUGGAGUUCCUCGACAGAGAGAGGAUUAAACUGGUCUCCAUCGACAGUAAGGCCAUUGUGGAUGGGAACCUGAAGCUGAUCUUGGGCCUGAUUUGGACCCUCAUCCUCCAUUACUCCAUCUCCAUGCCCAUGUGGGAGGAUGAGGAUGAUGAAGAUAUCAAGAAGCAGACUCCCAAGCAGAGGCUGCUGGGGUGGAUUCAGAACAAGAUUCCACAACUUCCAAUCACCAACUUUAACCGGGAUUGGCAGGAUGGCAAGGCACUGGGGGCAUUAGUGGACAACUGUGCCCCAGGUCUGUGCCCUGACUGGUUGGACUGGGACCCAAACCAACCUGUGGACAAUGCCAGGGAGGCCAUGCAGCAGGCUGAUGAUUGGCUGGGAGUCCCUCAGGUGAUUGCUCCUGAAGAGAUUGUGGACCCCAAUGUAGACGAACACUCGGUGAUGACCUACCUCUCCCAGUUCCCCAAAGCAAAGCUCAAACCUGGUGCUCCCCUCAGGACCAAAAUCAACCCCAAGAAAGCUCGUGCUUAUGGACCAGGAAUUGAACCCCAGGGUAACAUGGUCUUAAAACCAGCAGAGUUCACUGUGGAGACGAUUGAUGCCGGUCUUGGGGAGGUUCUAGUCUACGUGGAGGACCCUGAAGGCCAUACUGAAGAGGCGAGAGUGGUCGCAAACAAUGACAAGAAACGUACAUAUUCAGUGUCCUAUAUACCCAAAGUUGCUGGACUUCACAAGGUAACAGUAUUGUUUGCUGGGCAGCAGAUUGACAAAAGUCCUUUCAAUGUUCACAUUGGCAUGGCACUGGGUGAUGCCAAUAAAGUGACUGCCCGAGGGCCUGGCCUGGAACUGAACGGGAAUGUGGCCAAUAAGCCGACGUACUUUGACAUUUACACUGCAGGUGCUGGAUCAGGAGAUGUCGGGGUUGUUAUUGUUGAUCCCCAGGGUCGACGGGACACGGUGGAGGUAAUUCUGGAGGAUAAAGGUGACAGUGUUAUGCGCUGCACCUACAGGCCCCUGCUUGAAGGUCGUCACACCAUCUACGUAACAUUUGCUGGGGCCCAGAUACCCAAGAGCCCUUUCCCUGUCAACAUCUCGGAAGCGUGCAACCCGAAUGCGUGUCGAGCCUCGGGGAGAGGUCUGCAGCCUAAAGGGGUGCGAGUGAAGGAGGUGACAGACUUCAAGGUCUUUACUAAAGGAGCAGGAACUGGAGAGCUGAAGGUCGUCAUCAAAGGACCCAGUGAGUUGGUGGGUCCAUUUGAGGUGGAGGUUGGACCAGAAGCUGGGGCUCAGAAAGUACGAGCCUGGGGACCAGGCCUGGAGACUGGGGUCGUGGGCAAGUCAGCUGAUUUUGUUGUCGAGGCGAUUGGAACCGAAGUUGGGACACUGGGGUUCUCCAUCGAAGGGCCCUCUCAAGCUAAGAUUGAAUGUGAUGAUAAAGGUGAUGGGUCAUGUGAUGUGCGGUACUGGCCCACUGAGCCCGGUGAUUAUGCUGUGCAUGUGAUCUGUGACGAUGAAGACAUUAAGGACAGUCCCUACAUGGCUCACAUCCUCCCUGCAAACAAUGAAUGCUUCCCAGAGAAGGUGAAAGCUUUUGGCCCAGGUUUGGAGCCAACAGGCUGCAUUGUGAACAAACCAGCUGAAUUUACUAUUGAUGCACGGGCAGCAGGCAAGGGUGAACUGAAGAUCUAUGCGCAGGAUGCGGAAGGUGUUCCUAUUGACAUCCAGAUCAAGGACAACCGAGACAACACGUUCAAGUGUGUGUACGUGCCCCGGAAACCCAUCAAACACACCAUCAUCAUCAGCUGGGGUGGUGUCAAUAUCCCCAACAGUCCUUUCAGGGUAUCAGUGGGUGAGGGCUGCCACCCACAGAAAGUGAAAGUCUAUGGACCGGGUGUGGAGAAAACUGGACUCAAGGCUAAUGAGCCAACGUAUUUCACUGUGGAUUGUAGUGAGGCUGGACAAGGUGAUGUGAGCAUUGGCAUUAAGUGUGCCCCAGGAGUCGUGGGACCUGCUGAGGCUGACAUCGAUUUUGACAUCAUUAAGAAUGAUAAUGACACUUUCACUGUGAAGUACACGCCUCCCGGACCAGGACGCUAUACCAUCAUGGUGCUGUUUGCUGACCAGGAAAUUCCUAUCAGCCCAUUCCGUAUUAAGGUGGAGCCAUCGCAUGAUGCUGGAAAGGUCAAGGCUGAAGGCCCUGGGUUGAGUCGGACUGGUGUUGAGGUUGGCAAACCCACUCACUUCACCGUCUACACAAAGGGAGCUGGCAAGGCCGCACUGGACGUCCAGUUCACUGGAGCGGCGAAAGGAGAGGCCGUCCGAGACUUCGAGAUCAUCGAUAACCACGACUACUCCUACACCGUGAAAUACACAGCCGUGCAACAGGGUAACUUGCUGGUGGCAGUGACUUAUGGAGGUGACCAGGUUCCCAAGAGUCCAUUUACUGUCAGUGUGGCUCCGCCUCUCGAUCUGAACAAGGUCAAAGUGCAGGGACUCCACAACAAAGUUGAUGUCGGGAAGGAUCAGGAAUUCAGUGUUAACACUCGAGGUGCAGGAGGUCAGGGCAAGGUUGAUGUGAAAAUCACCUCUCCGUCCCGCCGACCUAUCCCUUGCAAAGUGGAAACAGGUUCUACCAAUGACAUUCACUCUGUGAAGUACAUGCCACCUGAGGAGGGGCCUUACAAAGUGGACAUCAGUUACGAUGGGCACCCAGUACCUGGAAGCCCUUUCACAGUGGAGGGGAUCAUGCCCCCGGACCCCACCAAGGUUCGGGCCUAUGGGCCAGGCCUCAAAGGCGGUGUAGUUGGAAAAGCAGCUCCCUUUGCCAUUGACACUAAGGGUGCUGGCACUGGUGGACUUGGUCUGACUGUAGAAGGUCCUUGUGAAGCAAAGAUUGAGUGCCAAGAUAAUGGUGAUGGUUCCUGCUCUGUCUCGUACCUCCCAACAGAACCUGGUGAAUAUACGGUCAAUAUUCUGUUUGCUGAGGCCCACAUCCCAGGAUCCCCCUUCAAAGCAGACAUCAAACCUCUCUUUGACCCCAGCAAGGUCACAGCCAGUGGUCCAGGGCUGGAGCAUGGUAAAGUGGGCGAAACAGCAACUUUCACUGUGGAUUGUUCCAAGGCAGGGGAUGCUGAGCUGACAAUUGAGAUCAUUUCUGAAUCUGGUGCCAAAGCUGAAGUUCAUAUUCAGAACAACAGUGAUGGGACUUUUGGCAUCACCUACAUUCCACCGUUCCCUGGCAUGUACACCAUAACCAUCAAGUACGGUGGGCAUGCAGUGCCCAAAUUUCCAGCCCGUGUCAGGGUUGAUCCAGCCAUUGACACCACAGGGAUGAAAGUGUUCGGACCAGGAGUUGAGCCUCGUGGUGUCCUCCGGGAGGUUACCACGGAGUUCACUGUAGAUUCUCGGUCUCUUAACAAGACUGGUGGGAACCACAUCAAAGUUCGUAUUGCCAAUCCAUCUGGAGCCAUGACUGACAGCUUCAUUAAGGACAAUGGAGACGGAACAUACCAUGUGGAGUACACUGCCUAUGAAGAUGGAGUGCAUAUGAUCGAAGUACUCUAUGAUGAUGUCCCACUUCCCAAGAGUCCAUUCAGAGUUGGAGUCACUGAAGGAUGUGAUCCAACCCGUGUUCGGGCCUAUGGGCCAGGUCUGGAGGGAGGCCUAGUUAACAAACCCAACCGAUUCACCGUGGAAACCAGGGGAGCAGGUACUGGAGGCCUUGGGCUGGCCAUUGAGGGGCCUUCAGAGGCUAAGAUGUCCUGCAAGGACAACAAGGAUGGAAGCUGCAGUGUUGAGUACAUCCCCUUCACCCCUGGAGACUACGAUGUCAACAUUACAUUUGGAGGGCACCCUAUUCCGGGAAGUGCAUUCCGCGUGCCAGUCAAAGAGCUGGUAGAUCCAAGCAAGGUGAAGUGCUCAGGCCCUGGGCUGGGCACUGGGGUACGGGCACAUGUACCCCAGACUUUCACUGUUGAUUGUAGCAAGGCUGGGCUGGCACCGCUCAAGGUGCUGAUCCUUGGACCUACAGGUGUAUCUGAACCUGCAAAGAUUAUUGAUAAUGGCAAUGGGACCCACACUGUUCACUACACACCUGCCACGGAUGGACCCUUCACUGUCUCUGUCAAAUACGCAGACCAGGAGGUUCCUCGCAGUCCCUUCAAGAUUAAGGUUCUGCCAACCCAUGAUGCCAGCAAGGUGCGAGCAAGUGGGCCAGGACUUAAUGCCUCUGGAGUGCCAGCUAGUCUCCCUGUUGAGUUCACCAUUGAUGCUAGAGAUGCUGGAGAGGGACUGCUUACUGUGCAGAUCAUUGAUCCUGAGGGAAAACCGAAAAAGGCUAAUAUCCGUGAUAAUGGAGACGGAACAUACACAGUGUCCUACCUUCCUGAUAUGACUGGACACUACACUAUCACCAUCAAAUACGGAGGUGACGAAAUACCUUACUCGCCAUAUCGUAUCCACGCUGUGCCAACUGGAGAUGCCAGCAAAUGUCUGGUCACAGUGUCGAUCGGCGGCCAUGGACUAGCGGCAGGACUGGGUCCCACCAUCCAGAUUGGCCAGCAGACUGUCAUCACUGUGGACGCUAAGGCUGCCGGCAAAGGGAAGGUCACAUGCAAGGUCUCAACCCCUGAUGGAGCUGAGCUGGAUGUCGACGUGGUGGAGAAUCGAGAUGGGACUUUCGACAUCUAUUACACCGCACCAGAGCCUGGCAAAUACGUCAUCACCAUCCGCUUCGGUGGUGAACUCAUACCAAAUAGCCCCUUCCAUGUGGUGGCCUGUGAUGCCAUCCCCACCAUUGAGGAGCCCUGUGAAACGUUGCAGCUACACCAGCCCUACGUGCCUUCCCAUGCUGGCUAUCCAACACUCUGGGCCACUGAGGAGUCAGCUGUCCCAGUUGAUGUCCUGGAUCAUGGUCUCCGGCCAUUCAACCUCGUCAUCCCGUUCACUGUGCAGAAAGGAGAAAUCACAGGUGAAGUCCGAAUGCCAUCUGGUAAAACUGGCCGCCCAAAUAUUACUGACAACAAGGAUGGAACCAUUACUGUGAAAUACGCUCCCAUCGAGAAGGGGCUCCACGAGAUGGACAUCAAAUACGAUGGCAACCACAUCCCAGGUAGCCCAUUGCAGUUUUAUGUGGAUGCCAUCAACAGUCGUCAUGUGACUGCUUUUGGUCCUGGUCUGAGCCAUGGAAUGGUGAAUAAACCUGCAACGUUUACCAUAGUCACCAAGGAUGCUGGUGAAGGUGGACUCUCCCUUGCUGUGGAAGGUCCCUCUAAAGCUGAGAUCACAUGCAAGGACAAUAAGGAUGGCACUUGCACUGUAUCAUACCUGCCCACUGCCCCUGGAGAUUACAACAUCAUUGUUCGUUUUGAUGACAAGCACAUUGCAGGGAGCCCCUUCACUGCCAAGAUCACCGGUGAUGACUCAAUGAGAACGUCGCAACUCAAUGUCGGCACGUCCACAGAAGUCUCGCUGAAGAUCACCGAGACUGACCUUAACCUACUGAACGCCAGCAUCAAAGCUCCGUCGGGUAAUGAGGAGCCCUGCUUGCUCAAGAGGCUGCCCAACAGGCAUAUUGGCAUUUCAUUCACCCCGAAGGAGGUAGGAGAACAUGUGGUGAGUGUGAAGAAAAACAGCCGGCAUGUUACAAACAGCCCCUUCAAGAUCAUGGUCGGGGCCUCUGAGAUUGGCGAUGCCAGCAAAGUGAAGGUUUCUGGGAAGGGCCUGGUGGAGGGUCAAACAUUUGAGGUUUCCGAAUUCAUCGUGGACACACGCGGUGCAGGCUAUGGAGGACUUGGUCUGUCCAUUGAGGGUCCCAGCAAAGUUGACAUUAAUUGUGAGGAUCUAGAGGAUGGAACGUGCAAAGUGACCUACUGUCCAACUGAACCAGGCAACUACAUCAUCAACAUUAAGUUUGCUGACCACCAUGUGCCAGGAAGUCCCUUUACGGUGAAGGUGACUGGUGAAGGAAGGAUUAAGGAGAGUAUCACAAGGCGACGCCAGGCUCCCUCUAUUGCCACAGUCGGCAGCACCUGUGACCUCAACUUGAAGAUACCAGGAAACUGGUUUCAGAUGGUAUCUGCUCAGGAACGUUUGACACGGACCUUUACCCGCAGUAGCCACACCUACACCCGCACGGAGCGCACAGAGAUCAGUAAGACUCGGGGCGGAGAGACUAAACGAGAGGUGCGAGUGGAGGAGUCCACGCAGGUCGGAGGGGAUCCUUUCCAUAAUGUCUUUGGCGAGUUCCUGGGCCGGGACAGCCUGGGUUCUUUCACCAACAUCCCCCGGGCCGAAGUGGAGGUUGGGGCUAAGGAGAUGACUGCACAAGUGACCAGCCCGUCUGGGAAGAUUGAUGAAGCGGAGAUCAUCGAAGGCGAUGACAGCACGUACAGUGUGCGGUUUGUACCACAGGAGAUGGGCUCCCACACCGUCAAUGUCAAAUACCGUGGCCAACAUGUGCCUGGUAGCCCCUUCCAGUUCACAGUGGGGCCUCUGGGCGAGGGAGGCUCCCAUAAGGUUCGUGCUGGCGGUCCUGGUUUGGAGCGGGGAGUUGCUGCUGUGGCAGCGGAGUUCAGUAUCUGGACCCGUGAGGCAGGAGCUGGAGGCCUUUCCAUUGCUGUGGAAGGCCCAAGCAAAGCUGAGAUCUCGUUUGAGGAUCGCAAGGAUGGAUCGUGUGGAGUUUCAUACAUUGUACAAGAACCCGGUGACUAUGAAGUAUCCAUCAAGUUCAAUGAUGAGCAUAUUCCUGACUCGCCGUUUGUUGUUCCAAUUGCCUCUCCCUCUGAUGCUGCACGUAGACUCACCGUCACAAGUCUCCAGGAAUCUGGAUUAAAAGUUAAUCAACAGGCCUCGUUCGCAGUUCAGCUGAACGGUGCAAGAGGGGUCAUUGACGCAAAAGUGCGGACUCCAUCAGGCUCUGUCGAGGAAUGUUACGUGUCUGAGGUGGAUGCUGAUAACUUUGCAAUCCACUUCAUUCCACGGGAAAACGGUGUCCACUCCAUAGAUGUCAAGUUCAACUCCAGCCACAUCCCAGGCAGCCCCUUCAGGAUCCGAGUAGGAGAGCCAGGCCAAACUGGAGAUCCCGGUCUGGUCUCUGCCUAUGGCCCAGGCCUGGAAGGAGGAGUCACAGGGGUCCCCUCUGAGUUUAUUGUCAAUACGUGCGAUGCUGGGGCUGGUGCACUGUCAGUCACCAUUGAUGGCCCAUCCAAAGUGAAGAUGGACUGUCAGGACUGUCCUGAGGGUUAUAAGGUCACCUAUACCCCGAUGGCUCCUGGAAACUACCUGAUCUCCAUCAAAUACGGUGGUCCUCAGCAUAUCGUUGGGAGUCCAUUCAAAGCCAAGGUCACAGGUGUCCGCCUCUCUGGGGGUCACAGUUUACACGAGACAUCUACUGUUCUGGUUGAAACAGUCACCAAGUCGGCCACAGUUGGCAGAUAUGGAGCAAUGCCCAAAUUUGCAUCGGAUGCCAGCAAGGUGGUAGCUCGAGGACCCGGCCUGUCCAAGGCUUUCAUUGGGCAGAAGAAUAACUUCACUGUAGACUGCAGCAAAGCAGGAACCAACAUGUUGAUGGUGGGAGUUCACGGUCCGAAGACUCCGUGUGAAGAGGUGUAUGUGAAACAUGUGGGGAACCGGGUUUACAAUGUCACGUACACGGUCAAGGAGAAGGGUGACUACAUACUGAUUGUAAAGUGGGGAGAUGAGAGUGUGCCUGGCAGCCCUUUCCAUGCCACUGUCCCCUGAGUGGCUGAUCAACUAACAGUCUUCAUGCACAUCUCAGAGGAUCCAAACUGUCAAAUUCACAAACAUUUAACUUUAAAACCAAAGACAUUUUUUUCCUCCCCUCCUUACUCCUCUCCCCAGGUGAGGGAGUCUUUGGUCAAAAGCUGCAUACCAAAUGAAUUUGAAAACUGCCUGAAUUUGCCAUAAUUGUUUGUAAUUCCUUCUCUUUUUUUUUUUAAGGCUCCCUAGUAACUAAAAGCUGUUGAAAUAUUUUUGUAUGGUUUUUGUUUUGUUUGGAGGGUGUUUAACAGAGUCAGUACUUGAUGUAGUGUCUGUCUCUGCACCAACCCCCCCCACCUCUUGGUGCUCCGGCCCUAGGCUGGCCUAUCUCAAUCCCUUGUGGGUAGAGAAUAGGUGCAUCACCUAUACACUGACUUUUGGCUCCUCCUCUGACAAGAGACUCCAAGUUGGCAGAACACUGAGGUUUUGGUUUUUAAAGUUGGCUGUCUGCUCCCCAGUCUUGGGCCAUUGUGCGGUGUUGCAGUACUUGGAGGGGAUGAGCCACCAGAUAGUGUCUCCACCCUGGCCUUGUGCUGCAGCUCUGUGUAGCUACAGGAUUUGCCUCAGGACCUCGGCUGUUUGGUCCCCAGAAAUAAUCAGUCAACACUCUGCCCUCUCUCUUUCUCCCUUCCCUCUGUUCUUCCCCUUCACUUGAUGGUCAGUCCUCUGUCCCUGACCUCUUGACCUGCACUGACACAGUUUGGAGGAAGGCAAUUAAUUGUUGGACUGCUGUGCUCAUGGAAAUGAGCCUGACCGUGUGAUGGUGAUGACACGUGGGGGUGCCCUUGGGGAUGUGGGCAACAGUGUCUGAAGUUGUCACACUGUUCAUUUCAAGAGAACAGUUUGUAUGAAAGUGUUAUACCCAUGUGUUUGGUACAUUUAUCCUGUUGGUAAGAAACUACAAAAUAAUAAAAUAUACCUGCUAACUUGC